AUGGAGACGCCUCCCUACUCCAGCGCGACCAACACCAACUUCUCCGAGUUGCGGGCACGCAGGGUCCCUGACGUGCCCGAAGAUGUCGACUUCUUCAUGGAGCAUCUUAACGACCCCAACUGGAACUACACCAACGUCCCCUCCUCUCCUUCGACCUCGGGCUCGAGCACCGACGUCUAUGAGCUCGGCGAGGGCAAGAAGAAGUUCAGCUCGGAUUAUGAUACCGAAUCUCGCGUCGACUCGACGAGGUUCUCCACUGCUUCGGGGAUCACUGAUUCGCCUUCAAACUUCGAAUAUGAUGACGAGUCUCCUUAUCCCGAGGUCCGUGCCGCAGUGUCCAGCACCGACGACCCUUGCAUGCCGGUCAACACAUUCCGCAUGUGGGUCAUCGGUCUGUUCUACACUGUCAUCAUCUCUGGUUUGAACCAGUUCUUCUCUAUGCGAUACCCGUCCGUCAUCAUCACUGGCAUCGUCGCUCAGUUGACCGCUCUGCCUAUCGGUAGGCUCAUGGAGCGCGUUCUCCCGAUGACCCGCUUCACGACCCUCGGCUACACGUGGUCGUUCAACCCCGGCCCGUUCAACAUCAAGGAGCACGUCCUUGUCACUGUUAUGGCCAACGUCGUCGUUAGCGGUGCUUACGCCACGGAUAUCGUCGCCACCCAGAGGAUCUUCUACAACCAGACCCCCAGCCUAACGUACCAAAUCUUCCUCACCCUCUCCACGCAGCUGCUCGGUUUCUCGCUCGGUGGUCUCCUCCGCCGGCUGCUCGUGUAUCCGAGUUCGAUGAUCUGGCCCGGCGCCCUCGUCAACUGCGCGCUGUUCAAUACGCUCCACCAGAACUACGGCAAGAAGGAGAACAAGCACAUCUCCAGGGAGAAGUUCUUUGGGUUCGCUGUCCUCGGCAGCUUCCUGUGGUACUGGUUCCCCGGGUUCCUCUGGACCGGCCUCAGCGUGUUCAACUGGGCGUGCUGGAUUGCCCCGAACAACAUCGUCGUCAACCAGCUCUUCGGCACGAGCUCUGGUCUCGGCAUGGGUCUCCUGACCUUUGACUGGUCCCAGAUCGCGUAUAUCAGCAAUCCGCUUGUUUCACCUUGGUGGUCAGAGGCCAACACUGGUGCUGGUCUCGUUAUUUGCGUUUGGAUUAUUGCCCCAGUCUUGUAUUAUACUAACUCGUGGUACAUGAAGUACCUCCCGAUGUCGUCGUACCAGGCGUUCGACAACACCGGCCUUCCUUAUGAUGUCACUAGGAUCAUCACCAACAACCAGUUUGACGAGGCCAAGUACAUAGGUUACUCGCCCGUCUUUAUCUCGGCUACGCUGGCCGUCGCUUAUGGCGUUGCUUUUGCCGCGUUUUCGUCUGUCGUUGUGCACACUUUCCUUUGGUACCGCAAGGAUAUCAUGAGACGUGUCCGUUAUGGCCUCAAGGACGAGCGCGACGUGCAUUCCCGCCUCAUGCAGUCCUACGCUGAGAUCUUCCCUACGGAGCUGCCCAUCUGGGGUGCCAUCCUCGCCUUCGUCAUCGCCGCCCUCCUCUCAGUCCCCGUCGGCAUGAUCCAGGCCAUCACCAACCAGCAGAUCGCUCUCCAGGUCAUGCACGAGAUGAUCGGUGGUUACGUCCUCCCUGGACGCCCCGUCGCCGUCAUGAUCUUCAAGGCGAUCGCGUACAUUGGCACCAACCAGGCCGUCGGCUUCAGCGGAGACUUGAAGCUCGGCCACUACAUGAAGAUCCCACCGCGCCUCAUGUACGUUGCACAGGUCGUCGCGGCCUGCCUGAGCAGCGUCGUCGUCAUCCUGGUGCAGAACUGGAUGUUCAGCAACAUCGUGGACAUGUGCGCGCUCGACCAGCCGCAAGGCUUCUCCUGCCCCUCGACCGGCGUCUUCGCAACGUCCUCGCUGCUCUGGGGUGGAAUCGGGCCGCGCCGGCUGUUCAGCCCAGGGAGCAUGUUCAACGCGCUGCUGUUCUUCUUCCUGAUCGGCGCGCUGCUGCCCAUCCCGUUCUACUACCUCGCGCGGCGCUACCCGCUCUCGUACUGGCGCUACGUGAACAUCCCGAUCUUCUUCGCGGGCAUCGGCGCGCUCCCGCCCGCGACGGGCAUCAACUACUCGUCGUGGGUCGCCGUCGGGUUCUUCUUCCAGUGGUUCAUGCGCCGGUACCACUUCCGCUGGUGGAUGCGGUACAACUAUAUUCUCUCGGCGGGGCUGGACGCGGGCGUCGCGAUCAGCAUGAUCGUGAUCUUCUUCUGUUUGCAGUUCCCCAAGGGCGGGGUGAAUCUGUCCUGGUGGGGCAACGACUUUUGGCAGACGACGGCGGACGUGAUGGGCCUGCCGCUGCUCAUGCCGCCUGUGAACGGGACGUUUGGUCCCGGCUCGUGGUCAUAA